UAGAGCUACUAGCUUUACUACCCCAUCUGUUGGAAAAUCUAUCGUUGCUCACUGACUCAUAUUUUAUCCUGCCCACUUGAUUUUGAUAUGUGCAAAAAUUCUGGUCAUCUUGUCGUAACUUUAUCUUUUUUUUCUCACGACCUGUCAAAAGUAAAACUCAUGCUAAUUCUUGUUUAGAAGAAGCCCCGGCGCAUCAACAUGGCUGAAGAUUUCCCCAAGAACAGCAACAACCCUCGUUCUCCCAAGGACAUUCUGGUCCAGCUUUGGGGCCAAAAGACGGGAAGUGGCAUCGCGAACGUCCUUGAAGAUUUUUUUGACGCUAAAGACGUUGAUGCCAAUGCUGACUGUAGCACGUUCGAGUAUAUAGCCGAGCAGUAUUCCAAGGCCGCACCCGCAGACCGGAACAGCCGGGCCUCUCUGGGAGAUGUUUUAGUAAGUGUCUUUGAGGACGCGGCGGAUGCGCGCAACGCACUAACCGGUGGAGGACGGACUAAUCCAGGAGUUCUGCAUGUGUGCGUGAAGCGGGCGCAAGAAAGCCCGAAUCCUCUUGCUGCGGUGCGGGGCGAAGACCUCGUUUUUGUUUCGCAAAAAAUCAAAGAAUAUCCGCUGCAAAUAGGUCUGGCUCUAGAAGGUUGGAGCUUGUGAUGCUAGCUUUCCACAGUACCUCGGAAAUUUGUAUUGCAUAACCAACAAAAGUCGCAGCCUCUUUUGUGCAAGCAAACACGCAGUUUCUCCUGCGGAUUUCCCUUGAGAAAGCGCUCUGGAAAGUUGUCAUGCUAGGUUGCAUUCGUAACUGUUUCCAUCAUCCACAUUUUAGCAUCACAAGUUUCCAGACAUCCAGGGAUAUUUGCAUUUGAUAGAGAACACCUUCCGAAACUUCCGAUCUAUGAAGCGCGGACGCAUCCGCUUCGCGCCGGCUACUACCAGCUUCGAGCAAUAACCAACAACCCGGACGACAGAUUGAAAGUAGCUCCCAGUUCUAACAAAACCGUGCCUGAU